UUAUUUUAAAAAAGUUAACAAAAAAACCGAUCUCGGGUAAAACCCCGAAUGCAAACUCUGUUCUUGACGACCUGCAAUUUGUGAAUUGUGAGUGAAAGAAUGGUGUUGGUAUUGGCGAUAGGUGAUUUGCACAUCCCACAUAGAGCACCUGAUCUCCCUGCUAAAUUCAAGUCUAUGCUUGUUCCUGGAAAGAUUCAACACAUCAUCUGCACUGGUAAUCUUUGCAUCAAAGAAGUACAUGACUACCUAAAAACAUUAUGUCCAGAUCUUCAUAUUACUCGAGGUGAAUAUGAUGAAGACGCGCGUUAUCCAGAGACAAAAACCCUAACCAUCGGCCAAUUCAAGCUUGGACUUUGUCAUGGUCACCAGGUUGUUCCGUGGGGGGACUUGGACUCGUUAGCCAUGCUUCAAAGACAGUUGGACGUGGACAUCCUCGUUACCGGACACACACAUCAAUUUACUGCAUACAAGCACGAAGGCGGUGUUGUCAUAAACCCAGGAUCAGCCACAGGUGCAUACAGUAGCAUCACCUAUGAUGUUAACCCGAGCUUUGUUCUGAUGGAUAUUGACGGGCUUCGUGUGGUAGUUUACGUCUACGAGCUUAUUGAUGGGGAAGUUAAGGUUGAUAAGAUUGACUUCAAGAAGACCACUGCUCCUCAAUCUCCUCACUGACUCAAAAAAAAAAAAAAAAAACACAUUUGUAGAUGUGGUUUUACUUCUUCCUUUGAACCUGCAACACUGAUUUGUGAUAGUGUCUAAAAAUAUUUGUUGUCUUGAACUGGUAAUGAAAAAGCUUUUGAUAGGUCAACUUAGGUUUGUCAGUUGGGGCAUAGAGAUGGCCAGUGGGUCGGGUCUGACUCAGCCCACCCGACACAGCCCGUAGUGGAUUGGAUCACGUUGGUUUGAUCCAGCCCACUCAUGACCCACCUAACCCGGCUUGUUGGCCAUCUCUAUUUGGGCAUGUAUAUGUUUCAAUUGUGAGUAGAACCUUGAACUUUUUGUUUGGUUUGAUUUGUUUUCCUAUCAAAUUUCUCAUGUGAUGGAUUUGAACAUUAUGCAAAAUAAAUUUGCAGAUUA